AAGACGUGCUUGAGGGUAAAUCAGGUUAUCUGGUUGGCAAUAAAUUAGAUGAUGAAAUUAGAAUAGGUGAUAAUAUUUCUCGACGUACAAAAUCUCAACAUAAAUUAGAAGAUAUGAUACAACAGGAAGGAGAAGAAGAAAGUGAAUCAUUUACAGAACAAUCAGGCAGAUUAAAUUUAAGUAACAAUCAAGAAAUAGAAGAUAUUGAGAAAAAUAUAGAGCCAUUAUUUUUGCCAAGAAAAAAACGUCGUACUCAUGCAAGUAUACAAUUAAACUUACCAAACGAAGACUCGACAGAUGAAGACUUGACAGGUAAAAGUAGUGAUGAAGAGUUUGAGGAAUUAAAUAACAAAUUAAAUGAGAAAUUAGUUAACCAAUUUAAUAAUGAAUCAGGUGAAGAAUCAGUUGAAGAAGUCGCAGAAUUAGAUGAAGGAUCAGCAGAAGCAUCAAUGGAAGAAUCAGCUGAUGAAUGGCUGCCGCAAGAUUGA